AUGCAUCAGCGAUGGCGAUCUCCUUCACCUCCGUGGCGUGACGAAAAUCAGCGCGUGAAAGAAGAAGAGCUGAGACGAGGCAAUGCUCUAACCGCAGGAGGUCAAUUGACGGACAUAUCUGGUAGAGUUUUAUGCUACGAUUCUUCAGUUCAGCGCAAUAACACAGGAGGAGUUCUGGCAUCGGCUCCAUGGGUAAACCAUCAGGAAUACAUCGUCUCUAUACCGAAAUUUCUCAAGGAUCAACUACCGGAAAUCGCUGCAAAAAGCUAG